UUCCACAGCGGAGAAGAAACCGGUCGGGUUGAGCCCGGUUGAGCGGAGUUGCCAGCUGAAAUUUCAUUGCCCAUCUGCUUCUUUUAGUGCAGAUGUGAUUGGUAUACAACAUAAGCUACAUUUUAAUUAUUUAUUGCCGUUUGGAUUUACGGAUUCAUCCCAGUUCUCUGCUCUCACCACAAUGGACGCUCAGCAGCAGCAACAACAACAACAGCCACAGCAGCAGCAGCAGCAGGCUGCCUCGAUGACCUACCAGGAGUUCAUCCAGCAGAACGAGGACCGCGACGGCACUCGCUUCAGCUGGAACCUGUGGCCGUCCAGUCGCCUGGAGGCCACCCGGCUGGUGGUGCCCGUCUCUUGCCUCUUCACGCCGCUCAAGGAGCGGCCCGACCUGCCGCCCGUCCAGUACGAACCCGUGCUGUGCAGCCGCGCCAACUGCAAGGCCGUGCUCAACCCGCUCUGCCAAGUGGACUUCCGAGCCAAAAUAUGGGCCUGCAACUUCUGCUUCCAAAGAAAUCCAUUCCCUCCAUCGUACGCUGGCAUCUCAGAAGUGAACCAGCCUGCUGAACUCAUGUCUCAGUUCUCCACCAUCGAGUACAUAGUGCAGCGUGGCCCCGCAUCACCUCUGAUCUUCCUGUACGUGGUGGACACGUGUCUGGAGGAGGAGGACCUGCAGGCGCUGCGCGAGUCGCUGCAGAUGUCGCUGAGCCUGCUGCCGCCCAACGCCCUGGUCGGCCUCAUCACCUUCGGACGCAUGGUUCAGGUGCACGAGCUCAGCUGCGAGGGCAUCGCCAAGAGCUACGUCUUCCGAGGCACCAAGGAGCUCACCCCCAAGCAGAUCCAGGAGAUGCUGGGCUUGAUGAAGCCGGCCGCCUCAGGGCAGCAGGGCCGACCACUCGCUCCGUCGGACAUGGCCGCCUCCUGCAGGUUCCUGCAACCGGUACACAAGGUGGACAUGAACCUGACCGACCUGCUGGGCGAGUUCCAGAGGGACCCGUGGCCGGUGCCCCAGGGCAAACGCCCGCUGCGUUCCACCGGCGUCGCCCUCUCCAUCGCCGUUGGCCUGCUGGAGGGCACGUUCCCCAACACGGGCGCUCGCGUGAUGCUGUUCACCGGCGGGCCCCCCACCCAGGGCCCUGGCAUGGUGGUCGGGGACGAGCUGAAGACGCCCAUCCGCUCCUGGCACGACAUCCAGAAGGACAACGCCCGCCACCUGAAGAAGGCCACCAAGUACUACGAGGCACUGUCUAACCGUGCAGCAGACAAUGGCCACAGCAUUGACAUCUACGCCUGUGCCCUGGACCAGACUGGACUGUUGGAGAUGAAGUGCUGUUCUAACCUGACCGGAGGCCACAUCGUGAUGGGCGACUCAUUCAACACGUCGCUGUUCAAGCAGACCUUUCAGCGUGUCUUCAACAAGGACUACAACUCCGAGUUCCGCAUGGCCUUCGGAGCCACCCUGGAGGUCAAGACCUCUCGCGAGCUGAAAGUGGCCGGAGCAAUCGGCCCCUGCGUCUCUCUCAAUGCCAAAGGGCCAGGCGUCUCGGAAAACGAGAUGGGUGUGGGCGGCACGACCCAGUGGAAAGUGUGCAGCCUCACCCCGGCCACCACCCUGGGCAUAUUCUUCGAAGUCGUCAACCAGCAUAACGCCCCCAUCCCCCAGGGAGGCCGAGGAGCCGUCCAGUUCAUUACCCAGUACCAGCACUCCAACAUGCAGAAGAGGAUCAGAGUCACCACCGUGGCCAGGAACUGGGCGGAUGCGCAGUCCCAGAUCCAGCACAUCGAGUCCUCCUUCGACCAGGAAGCCUCGGCGGUGCUCAUGGCCCGACUGGGCGUGUUCAGGGCCGAGACAGAGGAGGGGCCGGACGUGCUGCGCUGGCUGGACAGGCAGCUGAUUCGCCUGUGUCAGAAAUUCGGACAGUACAAUAAGGAUGACCCCACUUCCUUCAGGCUCUCGCAGUCUCUCUCCCUUUACCCACAGUUCAUGUUCCACCUGAGGAGAUCACCGUUCCUGCAGGUGUUCAACAACAGCCCGGACGAGUCGUCCUACUACAGGCACCACUUCAUGCGCCAGGACCUGACCCAGUCGCUCAUCAUGAUCCAGCCCAUCCUCUACUCCUACUCAUUUUACGGACCCCCAGAGCCUGUGCUGCUGGACAGCAGCAGCAUCCUCCCUGACCGCAUCCUGCUCAUGGACACCUUCUUCCAGCUGGUCAUCUUCCAUGGCGAGACCAUUGCCCAGUGGAGGAAGGCUGGCUAUCAGGAGAUGGCCGAGUACGAGAACUUCAAGCAGCUGCUGCAGGCGCCGCUGGACGACGCGCAGGAGAUCCUGCAGACGCGCUUCCCAAUGCCACGCUACGUGGACACAGAGCACGGCGGCUCACAGGCCCGCUUCCUGCUCUCCAAGGUCAACCCGUCGCAGACCCACAACAACCUGUACGGCUGGGGCCAGGAGUCUGGUGCCCCCAUCCUCACAGACGACGUCAGUUUGCAAGUGUUCAUGGACCACCUCAAGAAGCUGGCCGUAUCCAGCUCUGCCUAAACACCCCCUUCCCAGCCUUGGACCAAAUGAAUGGAGUGUCUGUGUCUGUGUGUGUGUGUGUGUGAAGCAGAUUGCAAAGUGUGGUUGUCCUGAGUUAAGGUGGAUCCUGUAUUAACAUUUCCAUUUCCGAAGGAAAAAACAUAGUCUUUCUUCUAUGGAAAGGCUUGUUUGUUUGUUUGUUUGUUUGUUUGUUUGUUUGUUUGUGUUUCACCUGUAUGUCCUUUAAAACGUCUACUGAAAGUCAUACUGGACCUCAGAUGAAUUACUGGUAGUGAAUUUUUUGUUUGUUUGUUUUAACCAUCUAUUUUUUUUCGUUAACAUUCCACAGAACUAGAUAAUUAUGAUUUAUGUGUUUUUGUUUUGUGUCCUUUUAAUUUUUGCCUGUUUUUCUAUAGCCCCAGCCACUUAAAUAAAUUGUUCAACGAUUGUUAUAAUGUUCUGAUGAAUGAAGGUCUAUAGUGUAGCGAUACAAUUAUAUGAGAUGAUGUAUAUAAGACUUGAUUGUUCGAUGAAGAACAUUGGGAGUUGGCAAAGUUCCUUGCCGUGUUGCUUUCCACCUCAAUCAUUCCACUUUUAUAUGAAAACCAUGUUUUUCUUACCCCUGUCUCCCCCUUACAAGUGAAUGCCCAAAUAUGUGGAACUGCAACCACUGCACCCACCCAUAUUACUGGGUGAGAUGCAUGAAUACUUAGCUAUAAGAUGAUGACUAGCACCUUUGUAUUAGUCUUCUUCCAGUCAUUAAUAAUAUUUAAGAGUCUGAAAAGAACCGUGUUAUUGGUACACUGUUUAUUAAUUAGCUUUUAAAACUGUAAUGGGAAUGUUAAUUUGUCCAGACCUGACCAUGUAUGUCACAAUUCUAUGCAUAAAGUUUAUGUCAAAUGUAAAAA